AUGAAUUCCGUAAAUUCGACUUGGAUGAAAAGACCGUGUGAUAUGUGUCCAUUGGUAAUGUUUCUAAAUUUGAUUAAAUUAUUUUACUAUUUAUAACUUAAAGAAAAUUACUAUGAAUAGGAAAUCUGUGACACAAAUGAAAUGCAAAUGAAAGCGACUUUUGAGAAUAACUAUCUCGAUCAUAUGAGUAAUUUGACCAUCAAAUCAAAUCCAUCAAAAAAUACAUUGACUACUAUAGCUUGUGGCGUUCGUAAGUUAUAAAUAUAAAUAUAUGUAUAUUAUAUAUUUAAUUAAUCAAUUGUUUAUGGUUUUAAUUAUUAUUACUGCAGGAUCGAACGUGACCAAAGAUGUAAUAGAAGACCUCUGCGAGAGAGGCAUGUCAAUGGUUUUAUUCGAUUUUAACAAUUUGUCUUACGAUCUAAGUAGGAAAGUGGUUUACGAGAUUCGUCAAGGGGUCUUUAAUUACAGUUUAAAGACCGACAGGGUUCCAUAUUCUUUAUCUCUAGUACUAUGUCUUAAAGGAACGUCCAUCAUGACAGGGAAAAUUCUGAACAAAAAGGUAAGCGAUUAAAAAUAAUAGUAGGUACCUAUAAUAAUAGUGUUCUACAAAGAUGGAUAGAACAUUUUUUUGGCACAAGAAAUAAGAAUUGAAGUAAAAAAAUAUCCGGGGUGCUAAAAGCUAAAACUCAACAUUUAUACACUAGCAGUUAUAGUGACAAGCCGAAAUACUUGGCUUCGACCGCGUGUGUAAAAACAUGCUGUAUUACCCGCGACUUCACUCAUGUACAGUUUACAUAUCUGUAGUCUAGUGAUAAUGUAUAUACCGUACAGUUUAGUCCAACUUGGGAACAUCUCAUUUUGGUCCAUACAUCAACAACCAUUAACCCCCUCCCCAUCGAGAAGCAUUUCAACAUUUCAGGGAACAUUAAUGAUAAACCAUUUACCCUCUACCUCCUUUUUCCAAUUGAAAUUAUUAAAACUUUUCACAGGAACUCAUUUUAGGUCUACACACUUUACUAACUCUUCCCCUUCUUGGUGUCACUAUAAUAUUUUUGUCCGAAAUCGUUCAUUCUGAUUUAUUAUAAUAUAGUCAUAGAAUUGAACUUGAAAUUCCAUUUAACAUUUUAGAACUUUUUGAUGGGGUGGAUUAAACCCACCCCAUAAAAAAUUACGGCUUUUCAAAACGCGAUGGACUUUAACCGAACUAAGCUCAGAAUCGUAUACAUCAGUAACGAUUUAUUAUUGCGUACAGAUAUAAAUUAGUGAAAUGUAUUUAUUUUUUUUGUCCUAUCUUUUCAUUUAACUUCACGUCUAAAACAAUGGCACGCCCAUCGGCAGUUGCAGUAUCAGCAAUUUUUUUAAUUUCCAUACAGGGCAAACCGCAGGAACAAAUGGUAGAACUAUUGACCAACGGUCAUGUUUAUGUGACACACGAUCCUGAUUAUAAAGACAAGUGUACGGCAGACCGAAUUUACACGGACACUAAACAAAUUCUUCGGCUUAAAGAAAACGAUCGGAUCUAUCUGGACGACGGAAAAAUCGAAUUAAUCGUGGAAAGAGUCGGUAAGUACCUAAUCAAGUAAUGUGUCUAUAGAUUUUCGUACUAAAAACCGAGCACAAAUUAAUAUAAUAGCGCUCGUAUUCCCAUUUACUGAUUUAAUGGGUCUUUUUCUUUGUCUCGGAAAACGCCAUUUGAGCCAUUACCAAAAGGGGCAGUAUUUGAAGAAAACUUUGGUUUGUUUUUCUAGAAACGGACGAGGUAUAUUGUUUAAUCAAACGAGGAGAUUUUUUGGGGUCGGAAAAAACGGUGCACAUACCGGGAAUACCAAUCGGUAUGACGGCACUAACCAAACAAGACGAGGAACACAUCCGUAUAGGGAUCCAACUCAAAGUCGAUGUGAUCUUGGUUCCCGGUGUCAGGAACGCACCGUAUUUCACUUAUGUCAAAAAUUUCGUUUGUAAUUGUCCCGAACCUGCUUAAUGUUGGCUAUUUUAUGGGUAAAUAUAACGUAACGUUUCGUUUAAAGGCCAAGAGAAAGGCAAGGACAUCGAACUGUACGCGAAAAUUGACAACAGUGUAGGACUCGAGAACGUCGACGAAAUCAUACCGAUUACCGACGGUAUAUUCUUAGAUCGGCCCAAUUUGUCCAUGGAAAUCGGCGCUGAUUGUAUAUUUCUAGCACAAAAGAUUGUCUUAUCCAAGUGUAACAUAGUGAGUCUCUUCUGUAUUAACGUGUAAUAUUAAGUGGCCCGAUAACCAGUAAAAACCAUAGGAAAAUGGUGUGUUUCACUAUAGAUCAAUAAAAAGUUUUUGAAAUAUAAUAACUAUACACCUGUGUUUUUUAUAUAAUGUUAUAAUCGGUAUUUGAGUCAUCUCUCUAAAUGUGUUUUACAAGUAUGUACUUUAAGUGCGACUAUUUUUUUUAUUUAAGUAUUUAAGGCAUAAUAUUUUAAUAACUUCAGAUAGUGUCGAAUAUAUGUAAGAAAGUUUUGUUUUUCUAGAGAAAUAAAAAAAAGUAUUUUUAACGAACUUUUUAAUCAUUUCUAAUGCAAUUUAUAUUUAAAAGCCUUACUUUAAUUUACAUUGUAACGAAGUAAUUUUACAGGGAUUUUCGCUUGUAGAUAAUUAAAUAAAUGAUCAAAAUAAUAAUGUAAGAUUGUUUGAUUUUUCUUUAUUAUUUAUCGGAAUAUAUUAGAUCGGAAAGCCAAUCGUUACUCACGGUAAAUUUUUUAAUUCAAUGGAAUGUAAUACGGUGCCGUUGAGCUCCGAAAUAAAUGACAUUAUAACCACGGUACUGGAUGGGACUGAUUGCAUUUACCUGGAAGUGACAAAGCGGGCCACCCACAAGGCCCACUGUAUCGAAUACGCGUCGACAGUAUGUCGACAGGGUGAAGCCGCUAUAUGGGAACAGCAGGUGUUUUCCGACCUGAAAAAUAAGGUAUAUACGAAUAAAAUUACUUGUGAAGCGAUUGUAGAGAACAAGAUUUUUUUUUCUUAUGCUGCCGACUUGUAUUGCUCAUAAUAUAGGCCAAACCGAAAGUCGAUCCAACACACGCGAUAUGCAUCGGGUGCGUGGAAGUAUCGUUAAAGUGUCAUACAGCUGCGAUCAUAGUGAUCACCACGUCCGGACUGUCCGCCAAAAUCGUCGCCAGGUACCGACCCAGGUGUCCAGUACUGGCCAUUAUCAAAAACGGAAAGGCUGCCAGAAAGAUCACCGUAUGGCGCAACCUUACGGCGGUGCACUAUAUAGGUAAAUCAAGUGAUUAUAUUAGUAAUCUUUACAGACCAAAGACUUUCUUAGUUUAUUGUAAUCCUACAUUCUUCGAUCAAUAAAACGUGUGCCAACAAAAUAUAAAAAGAACAUUUCAUUCAGUACAUGCCCAAAAUACUGAUAUCAGAUUUAUCACAAGCUUUUAAUAAUUAAAAUUAUAAAAAGUGUUAAAAAGUAUAGAUAGAUAAUAGAAAUAAUCGAGUAGCAGAUAACGCCAAAUAAAAAGAGAAAAGAAAGUAUACGCAAUAGCCACUAGCCACUAACCAGUAGGGCCAAUAGUUACACUCUCCCUUGAUAUGUUAGCCAUAUACCUGUAUAAUGCAUACCCUUUUCACAUUGUACAAUAUGAUUUAAUCCUAUGUCGAAUGAACACAAAAAAACGGAGCGAAGAACCUAUUCAUACCUGGUAUUUAUAUUAGGUAUAACCCACCUGAAUACGCCACUAGACUUGUUUUCGACUGAGGGACGUAUUAAUAUACAAUAGCUUAAGCUUUGUAUAUAAAUACAUCACAAGUAUUUAUGUACACCUUUGAUAAUGUAUUGUUAAAUAUUUAUUUUGAUCGUUACAAUAAAAGCUUUCGGGCGGUUUGAAAAAAAAAUAGCCUAAGUUUUAAUAAGUUAGGUAAUGUACAUUUAACAUUAUUUUUAUAUUUAUCAGUUGCAUUAGUGCAAAAUUUUAACGCCAAUUCAUACAUUUUUGCAGAACCAAUAGAAACCAAUUGGGCAAAAGACAUUGAAAAUCGUACAAAGUUCGCGAUGAACUUAGGGAAGAAAAGGGGCAUCCUGAAUCAAGGCGAUUUAGUAUUGCAUAUGUGCUGUUCCAAACAAAAUGCGGGUUUCACCAACACGAUGCGACUGUUCUACGUUGGAGCCGAAGACUUGAUUGGAGAUGUUGAUUACCAAUGA